GCCUUGGCCAGCCGGAAGCCGCGGGGGGAGGAGCCCAGGGACAGCCCGGGGUUUGAUCCCCGCCCUCUGGUUGCUGUCCCCCGCCUGCGGCUCUUCCGAGCUUUGCUUCCAAUGACCCUUGAAUCUCUGGAGCAUGAAGGUCAAAGUGAUUUCAAUUCUGGAAGACAAUUACAUGUACCUGAUCAUUGAAGAAACCACUCGACAGGCCGUUGCAGUGGAUGCUGCUGUUUCCAAGCGGCUCCUGGAGAUCAUCCGGAAAGAGGUCGUUAUUCUAAAAGCCAUCCUGACUACCCAUUGCCACUGGGAUCAUGCAAGAGACAAUGAAGAACUGGCCAAAGUUUACCCCGGCCUGCAGGUAUAUGGUGGGGACACACGGGUGGGAGCUCUCACACACCAGGUGACUCAUGAGGAGGAAUUAAAGUUUGGCAGCAUCAAUGUGCGGUGCCUUCUCACGCCAGGCCACACCGCUGGACACGUCUGCUACUUCAUGUGGGAAAACGAUUCUCUGAAUGCUCCUGCAGCUUUCACAGGCGACACCUUAUUUGUCGGUGGUUGUGGGAGACUCCUGGAAUGCCCACCUGAACAGCUGCACAACAGCCUGAUGGAGGUCCUGGGCGGGUUGCCAAAGGAGACUAAAAUCUUCUGUGGACAUGAGUACACAACCCAGAAUUUGAAGUUUGCCUUAAAGGUGGAACCAGAGAAUGAAUUUGUGAAAGAAAAGCUCCUUUGGGCUAAACUCCGAGAAGAUGAAGACCUCCCAACAGUGCCUUCUACUUUGGCUGAGGAGUUCCUCUACAACCCGUUUCUUCGCAUCUUGGAAGAACCAGUCCAGAAGUUCACGGGCAAGUCGGUUCCUGUCGAGGUCUUCGCUGCUCUCUGCAAGGCCAAAGAGAGUUUCCGGAAACCCAAAGAGCAGCUCAAUCCUCAGGCUAUGCUGGCAUUUGAGUGGGGGCUUUUUGAUCCCCUCCUGCAAAAGUGAACCCCUUCCUGCCGUGGUGAGGACACGGGCGCUGUCGAGGAAGGGCUGACUCCCUCCUCCCCGUGCCCGUAGAAUCAAAUGCUGCAAAGUUGCCUUCCCCUAUUUCACGGAGGAGGAAAGCGGCAUCCUUUACUUCCAGUUCUUGCUGAAAAAUAUGACGAUGAGCGCCGAAGUAACACCUUCGUUCUGUGCAGAAGGCAGGCGCCAUGGAGCCGUGCAAAACGGAGGAGGGAAGUACAUGGUUGCCUGCCUCCCAAUUUACGAUGAAUUGAAUGACAGCUAUUUGUUCACUUGUAAUUAAAAAAAAAAUUAAGAAUUGU